AUGAUUGUGGAUGUUCAGGGACGGCUUAAACAUGGCAAGAUGGCUGCUAUAAAAGUUCUUUCGGCUGAGUCGAGACAAGGGGUGAAAGAGUUCUUAGCAGAGAUUAAAGCAAUGUCAGAGAUAGAUCAUGAAAAUUUGGUUAAGCUAUAUGGCUGUUGUGUGGAAGGAGAUCACAGGAUUUUAGUUUACAGCUAUAUUGAGAACAACAGCCUUGCGCAAACUCUUCUUGGUGGAGGUCACAUUCGCAGUAAUAUCCAGUUUAGUUGGAGAACACGGACUAGGAUAUCCAUUGGGACUUGGGAUCUUUAUGAGCGAAGGGAGCUGGUUGCCCUUGUAGAUACAUCGUUAAACGGUGAUUUUGAUGCCGAGGAGGCUUCUAGGUAUCUAAAAAUCGGUCUACUCUGCACCCAAGAUAAUCCAAAGCUCCGGCCUUCCAUGUCUACUAUAGUCAAAAUGCUUACCGGCCGGAAGGAUGUUGAUGAGAGUAAGAUAACAAAGCCAGGCCUGAUUUCUGAUUUCAUGGACCUCAAAGUACGACCCCCUCCAAGACCCUGGCAUUUGCUACAACAUCCUUUAAUGCAUCUUCUGGAUCGGACAACCAGGACACUUCAAUCUUGUCAUCGGAAAACUCGUCGAGAGCAACUACGACAGCUCAAUUCCUCAAAUUUGGUUUUGCUCGAAUCACCAAAGCACGUUCCUUUGGUGAAACAGGCGAUCUAG